CACCUAACUAUGCCCAAAAUAAAAAAUAUGUAUCAAAAUCGUACAUCGGUUCAAACUAAUUACCUACUUAAUCCCACAUGUUAUAAAAAUUGGUUUGAAAAAAAUUAUAACACGUAAUUAUACUUAAUUAAAAUUCUCGACGUUAUCAAUGAAAAAAAAAGGAGGUGAUAGAAAUCACCUAUAAUAUUGAUACAGAAUUCGCCUAAUUACUCGUUGAUUAAACGCUAAUGGGAUAAAGCUCGCUAAAGAGUUGGUAAUUGUGUUUUUAGCAUUUCUAGUUGCUCUCUUCGCGUGACUUGGUUUCAUUUUUUAAAAUAAGUUUCGUGAUGAUUUAAAAGUGACGGGUGUGCUUUUAAAAUGGCAAAUUUGGCCGACGAGAAGAAAAUUAAAAGGGAUGGCAUCCGACAGGUCAUCAGCUGUAUAGUUGUUUUCCUUCCAGUGAUGUGCGGAGGCAUAGCCUCAGGAUGGUCCAGUCCCACCGAAAAAUACCUCAGAAACAUGACAGAAACGUGGAAAGAUUGCCCCGAACUGAAUACUACAGCUUCGGGUUCAUUAACUGAAGAAGAAUUUUCAUGGGUUACUUCGGUUUUAUACUUCGGCGGAAUGGCUGGUUGCCUGAUAUGGAACCCGAUAACCGAAACAUUCGGUAGAAAAAUUGCCGGAUAUAUCGUUGGUCUUCUGCAAACCUCAGCUUGGGCAGGUAUUCUAUACAAGACGGAUUUCAAAAUACUCCUAAUAUGCAGAUUUCUGUUGGGUGUAUCAGUCAGUGGAGGUUUAGUAGUCGGUAUGUCUUACACGAAUGAAAUAACCAGCGCAAGAUUAAAAGGUCCGAUGAGCUCCUUAGGAGCAAUUUUCCUCAACGGCGGAUUCCUCGUGGUAUACCUUUGCGGAUCGUUUUUUCCUUACAACGUACUGAACACAAUUUGCUUAUCGUUUCCUAUCGCAUUUCUUCUCAUGUUCUUCAAACUACCGGAAAGUCCGCUUUAUUUAUUAAUGGAUAACCAAGAGCAACGAGCCAAGGAAUCAUUCAUGUGGUUUAGAGGCAACAAAGAGCACAAAGUUGGUAAAGAAAUGGCUGCCAUACAAGCUUCUCCUGCUUUCCAAUCACGUGUAUCUUUCAAAGAUUUAUUCACCUCGAGAAGUACAACUGCUUCGGUUAUCAUAGCGAUGAUGUUAUUAUCCGGUCAGCAGAUAUCUGGAAUUACCAUCAUCACCAGUUACACGGAGUUGAUUUUUGGCAAAUCUGGGAAUAAGAUCUCGCCGUCGUUUUCUACUGUUAUAAUGGGCCUGAUUCAAAUAUUCGGUUGUUGUAUUCCUGGUCUAUUGGUUAACAGGGUUAACCAAAAAUUAUUACUAGUCAUAUCGUACGUAUUAGCUGCGAUGUCGUUGUUUGGAGUUGGAGUUGCAUUCUCGUUACUUGAACGAGGCUACGAUAGUAAUUUCAUAAAGACUUUGCCUUUUAUUGGUGUGUUGUGUUAUAUUUUAAGUUUUACCACAGGUAUUGCUAAUGUACCUUUUAUUAUUUUUACUAGAAUAUUUGAACCCAAAGUGAUGAGCUUAGCUAUGAGUUACGGUCAAUUGGCUGGGAGUAUAACGGCUUUUUUAACUGCUAAAUUAUUUUUCACUCUGACCGACAACUUGAAAUAUAGUGGAACUUUUUACUUUCUUGGCUCGUGUUGUAUAAUAAUGGCUAUGUAUGUUAUGAAGUUUAUUGAUGUUGGACGUUCUCCUCUUCCUCGAAAACAAGAAAUUUCGGUGCACAUUGAAGACAUUGAAAAAAGUAAACAAGAGUUAAUCGUUAAUUAGAGUUUACAUUUUUUCCUUUUUCAUGCUCAAAAGGUUUGUUUUUUGUUCUUUUUUUUGAAAAAAAAAAAAUGAAAAAAAUUGUUAGUCAUUAUGAGAAUUUUGUAAUAAGACUUUUUAAAUUAUUAUUAUUUUUUACGUAUUGAAUGUGUAAGUAUUCGAAUUGAUAAAUAAAAUGAUUUUUUGUUUAA